AAAGGAAUAUAUAGGUCACAGAUUACAGUCCCCCCCGGAAGCCUCCCACGUCGUCGUUUUGUGUGCGGGAGGAUCGUCUCUGCUCUGUACUUUCUCGCCUCCACUUUCUGAGCCGGACUUCAUAUCAGUAUCACUCACCAUACUGUCUCACCUUCUAUUCAACUCUCCAACUCCACUUCUGCGCUCCAACCACUCUCUCUUUCCCUCUCUACAUACUCAUAUGCUGCUUCACGUACUCCCUUAGUAUUCUACAAUGUCCUCAGACCACUCGAAUGGGGACUGCGAGUCCCUCCAUCAACCCUUGCUUCAUUCCGAAAGACCCAGGAUCAAUUCCACGUCGCAGGUUGCCAUUGUUGGAGCCAAUGUCUGUCCCAUUGAGAGCCUUGACUAUGAGAUUUUCGAGAACGAGUUCUUCAAGCAGGAUUGGAGGUGCCGAGGGAAGAUUCAGAAAUUCCAGUACCUUUUCAUGAAGUGGGUUUUGUGCUUGUUGAUUGGUGGGAUUGUUAGCUUGGUUGGAUUUUGCAUUAAUCUCGCGAUUGAGAAUCUCGCCGGCCUCAAGUUCGUGAUCACAUCUGACAUGAUGUUGCAGGGGAGGUUUCUCCUGGCCUUUGUAGUAUUUUUUUCUUCGAAUUUGGUUCUCACUCUUUUUUCUACUAUAAUCACGGCUUUUAUAGCGCCUGCGGCCAUGGGUUCUGGUAUACCAGAGGUGAAAGCCUACUUAAAUGGGGUAGAUGCCCCUGGAAUAUUUACGCUUAGAACUCUGUUCGUUAAGGUUAUUGGAAGCAUUUCAGCAGUUUCAUCAUCCCUUCUUAUUGGAAAGGCUGGGCCUAUGGUGCAUAUAGGUGCAUGUGUGGGAUCAUUGUUGGGUCAGGGUGGUUCAAACCGAUAUCGACUAACAUGGAAAUGGUUACGUUUUUUUAAGAACGACCGUGAUCGACGGGAUCUAAUAACAUGUGGAUCAGCUGCUGGAAUUGCUGCAGCCUUCCGUGCCCCAGUUGGUGGGGUCUUGUUUGCUUUCGAAGAGAUGGCAUCUUGGUGGAGAAGUGCCCUUCUGUGGAGAACUUUCUUCUCAACAGCAAUAGUUGCACUUGUGCUUCGUGCAUUGAUAGAUGUUUGUUUAAGUGGUAAAUGCGGGCUAUUCGGUAAAGGUGGGCUGAUUAUGUUUAAUGCUUAUUCAGAAAGUAUUUCAUAUCAUCUGGUGGAUGUGCUACCUGCAAUAAUUCUCGGAGUUAUAGGAGGCUUACUUGGAAGCUUAUAUAAUGCUCUGUUGAGCAGGGUUCUCCGUGUCUACAACAUGAUCCACGAGAAAGGCAUUGCAUACAAAAUUUUGCUUGCUUGCUUGAUCUCCAUUAUUACUUCUGUUCUUCUUUUUGGAUUGCCAUGGCUUGUAUAUUGUCAACCUUGUCCAGUUGAUGCCCCUGAGGAAUGUCCUACAAUCGGCCGUUCUGGUAACUACAAGAAAUUCCAAUGCCCUCCCGGUCAUUACAACGAUCUUGCCAGCCUUUUUUUUAACACAUGCGGUGAUGCUAUCAAAAAUCUAUUUAGCAAAGGCACAGAUGAGGAGUUUACAUAUCCAUCAAUGUUUAUCUUUUUCAUCACAUGCUUUUUUCUAAGCAUCUUUAGCUAUGGGGUUGUUGCUCCAGCUGGUCUUUUUGUGCCAAAUAUUCUGAUUGGUGCAUCUUACGGGCGUGCGGUUGGUAUGUUGGUUGGCAAAAGUUCGACUCUUAGCCAUGGCCUUUUUGCUGUAUUGGGUGCUGCUUCCUUUCUUGGAGGAUCUAUGAGAAUGACUGUUUCCCUAUGUGUAAUCUUACUAGAACUAACAAAUAAUUUGUUGUUGCUACCCUUGAUGAUGCUGGUGCUUCUGAUAUCUAAGACUGUAGCUGAUGCUUUCAAUGCAAGUAUAUAUGACCUUAUCAUGAAAGCAAAAGGGUUUCCUUAUUUAGAAACUCAUGCUGAGCCAUAUAUGAGGCAGCUAACAGUAAGUGAUGUAGUCACAGGUCCGCUACAGGUCUUUAAUGGCAUUGAGAAGGUUCGCAACAUUGUGUUUGUCCUCAAGACUUCAAGUCAUAAUGGGUUCCCUGUGGUUGAUGAGCCUCCAUUUUCUGAAGCCCCAGUUUUAUAUGGUACGAUUCUUCGUCAACAUCUUCUCACGGUGUUAAAGAAGAAAGAUUUCUUGCGUACACCAAUGGCAAUAGGAGAUAAUGCCUAUGAUAGUUUUUCUUGUGAUGAAUUUUCAAAGAGGGGUUCUGGCAAUAGUGACAAGAUAGAUGAUAUACAGUUUACUGAGGAAGAGUUGGACAUGUACAUAGAUCUCCAUCCAUUUAGUAAUGCUUCACCCUAUACCGUCGUGGGGACAAUGUCUCUGGGAAAGGCCCUUACGCUUUUUCGGGAAGUCGGUUUAAGGCAUCUUCUGGUUAUACCCAAGGUCUCUAGUAGAUUACCGGUCGUCGGAAUACUAACAAGGCACGAUUUUAUGCCAGAGCACAUUCUGGGGUUGCAUCCUUUGCUGGAAAGAAGCAGAUGGAAAAGAUUAAGAAUAAAAUUUCCUUUUAUGAACAAGUUCUUCUAAGGCUCAAGCUUGGCCUUCAACAGAUGUAAAUAACUCCUAGUUGCAGAAGGCUGCAUAACAGAAAAAUCGUUCUCUGACCAGCUUAAUAAAAGAAUCCAGAGCUAUACAAGACAUUGCUCCUCAUUUCUGUACAAGGUUACAUCAGAAUUCUGAUGAGAUAUGAAUGCUUCCCUGGGAAAUGGAAUGUCAACUUGGGGAUGUGGGUUUAGGUCUCUGAUGAAGAUGGAGUUCUAUUUUUUUAAUUUUUUUUUUUUUUUGCAGUCAUUGGGGUACUGGGUUAGUCGAGUUAGUCAAUAAAUAUCGGCUUUAUAUUAAUUAUUAAUCAACCUCUUUGUCUCCCUUUAA